UGCGGAAAGGCAUUUACGACCAGUGGCCAUCUCUCACGCCACCAUCGCAUCCACACAGGCGAGAAGAACUUUGUAUGCCUGCAUCCCAGCUGCAAUAGCCGCUUCUCGCGCCAGGACAACAUGAUGCAGCAUUACCGCACACACCUCUCCCCU